AGAGAGAGAGAGAGAGAGAGAGAGAGAAAGUCAAAACUGACAUUUUCAUACCAUCACACAAAGAACAACUGUUUUUUUUCUCGCAAGAGAUUCAGACAAUCCGAAUCACUUAUCGUUUUUUGUUCCCAUUUCGAUAAAAAAAUAAAAAAAAAUAAAAGAACACAAACGACAUUUAAAACAAGAACGAAUUUUCUAGAGCUAGAUAAAGCGCGAAAAUUAAUACAUCGCAGUCACAUGCAAACAUUCAUACAGCUGUGAAUACAACUAGAGAAUGGAUAGUCAGCCACCACUUGAUGAUCAUUUGGCCGAUAUUGUAGACGACGAGUGGCGUCAAGAGCAGCUACCACACGAACAAAUUUGGGUACCAUCGGAAAAAUUACCAGAUCCCGAAGCGGACAACGGUGACUCGCAUCUUACUUUAUUGGAGCAGGAACAACGAUGGACCGAUCUUUCGCUCGCUAAUCUAACACCGGAAUUGACAAUGACCGAUCAAAUCAACAUUUCUUCCUCAUAAGCUCCGCCAUCAUUGUUAAUUUGGUGUUCCGAUGUGAAAAAGAAAAAAAAUAAACCGAAUAAAAAACCAAAACAAACAUAUUUACAACAACAACAAAAAAGAA